UUCGAUGACACAUUUUGUGACACAUAUCGAGAGGACACGCACUGCUGUAAGGUACUAAUUCUUCUGCUCAUUUGUAGUCUAUAUAACAAAUACAAUCAUACCGAGGAAGACAGCAACUAAGACCGCAACCAAGACCGCAACUGAAACGUGGAGAUUACUGUCAUGAUUUUGACAGCUUUAAUAACUGUUUUAUGCUUUAUUGCUCUUUUCUUUAUUUACACAACUCGAACGCGAUCGAAAGAUGAGCCUCCAUUAGACAGCGGCUUUAUUCCAUGGCUGGGACAUGCCCUUGACUUUUCAAGAGAUGCCGCCAAAUUUUUAGCACGAAUGAAGAAGAAACAUGGUGACAUUUUCACAGUCCGUAUGGCUGGCCACUACAUAACUGUGCUACUGGACCCAAAGUCAUACGAUGCUGUUCUUCAGGAUUGUGAUUCGCUUGACUCCAGCAACCAGAAGGUGGUUCAGAAGGUCUUUGACCUAAACUGGCCAAUUAAGAACCAAACUGGAGGAAGGUUGUGGAUGAAGCAACAUUUCCAAGGACAAAACCUGGUCCAGCUGUGUACCUUAAUGAACAAGAACAUCCAAGCUCUGGUGAAGUCGCCUGACACAAUCCAGAACACAACCAACUGGAAAAAGGAUGGACUUUUCGACUUCUGUUACCGUUUGCUCUUCAAGGCUGGGUACCUCACACUGUUUGGCCUGGAACAAAAUGAAACCACAGUAAAUGAGGUUUACAAAGAGUUUCGGACAUUUGAUGGCCUCCUUGCAAAAACAGCACGUUCAACUCUGAGCUGGGUGGAGAAGAGGACAGCUCGCUCAGCACGUGAGCACUUGUGGAACCUACUUUCCCUAUCCUGCCAGAGCAGGUCAGCUGCUUCAAGCUCAUGGCAGCAGGAAUACCGCCAAUAUCUGCAGAAGAUGGGCUUGGAUGAGGAGACAGAGCGACGAGCCAUGCUGCUGCAGCUCUGGGUCACACAGUGCAAUGCAGGGCCUGCUGCCUUCUGGCUACUGGGAAGGUUGCUGACCCACCCAAAGGCCAUGCAAUCUGUGAGGGCGGAGAUUGAAAGUACCAUGCCUAAUUCGGCAGAGUGCCUCAACAAUAGACAUGAAACUCCUGUAUUUGAUAGUGUUCUGAAUGAAACCCUGAGACUUACUGCUGCCAUAUUCAUCAACCGGGAAGUGAAGAAGGAUAUGAUGCUGGAAAUGGCAGAUGGAAAGGCUUACCACCUUAGGGAAGGAGAUCGUGUGUGCCUUUUCCCCUACCUUAGUCCUCAGAUGGACCCCUCCAUUCACAAAGAGCCAGAGAAGUUCAAGUACGACAGGUUCUUGAACACAAAUGGGACUAAAAAGAGUGACACAAACAAGCUUAAGUACUACACCCUGCCAUGGGGUGCAGGUGCUAACAUCUGUGUGGGACAGCACUUUGCCAUCAAUGCCAUAAAACAGUUUGUCUUUGUGGUGUUGUCUUCCUUGGACAUGGAGCUGUGUGACCCCAACUCCUUGAUGCCACCACUGAACCCAAGUCGUUAUGGAUUUGGGAUGCUGCAGCCCGAUGGAGAAUUGGCAAUCCGAUAUAGAAUGAAGAAGUAGCUUUGUUUUCUGUCAUGUUGGGAUGACCAUACCCAUGCUAUAGGCUACAAAGGCAGCUGUUUGAUUGUUACUGUUUAAACUGUAAAAUUGUAAAGUUUUAUACAAUUAUACUUGUGUGAUGCAUAUUAUCAAAUUGCUUAUUUAAAUCACAAUGUUUCAUUUUUCUUUGUUUCAGAUAAAUAGUAUUUUAUACUGAGUGGUCUUUCAUUUAAGCAUUACCUUAUUAAAUAUUUCAAUGCUCUA